AUGAGCUAUAUCCUUUUAAUCUUACCCCUGGCAGUCGUCUGUCAACAGUUUUCCACCCAAAGAGCUAAUGUGGAAUCCAUGCCAGCUUGGUAUCAAGGCCAUCCCAAAAUGGCGUCAAAUUACGGUUAUGAUCGAGUCGAGCGGCCGUCGCCGAUGAGUAUGAAUUACCAAAACUACCCAUCUUAUGGAGCCACCCGAACGGCUUAUCCUGAAUUAACCAUGAGCGGAACCGCACCAAAUAGGAGAUAUCCGGUUGGUGGUCAGGACAGACCGACUCAAACCUCACUUACUCGCUAUCAUCAACUUCUGCUGAAAAAGCAAGAGCAAAUGCGACGAGAGCAGCAACGCAAGGAAACGAUGGAGACGAGAAGUGUACUGCCUCAGUCUCUGAAGAGCAUCUACUCCACUAUAAGGCCAACAUUGCGAAAUCACACCUCACCUUUCCAAGGAAACAGCAACAGAUGGAUGCCUCUCACUCCAAGAGAGACAGCAAAACCUGAGUCGAAACCUUCCCAGACAUCUACAACUACCGUAGAGUCAACCACGCAAAGAACUGUGGCAUCCACGACAGCCGAUCGCACUGACUGUUGCACAAAUGCGACUUCUUCCUCUUCUUCGAACUUUUCAUUCCUGGAAUAUCUAUGGCCAAAUGCUGAGCUCCUUGCGGCCAUAAAAGACGUCGUUGCCAAAUUCAAAGCUUCGCUCGAUGAAAGUGGCCUGGAUCAAGACGUCAAACUCAUGGGUAACCAGCUGAGAAACACUUGGCAGCAACUCAGAUCAGGUCCAAUGAACGAGCAACUGGGUCGAAUACUCGAGAAAGCAGCUGAUGAUGCAAAUAUUAGAGGCACAAAUAUGCGACGACCAUGA